AUGCCUUCCUAUUUACGCAAAUACGUUACAGCACUUGCAUCGGCUAAAAGUUAUGUUGCUCAAUGGUCAACACAACAUGUCUAUGCUGAUGAAGCACUUAUUGUACCAUUUCCAACUUUAGCUAUAUUUGAUCGUGAAAAGCAAACUUGGUCAAUAAAUAUCAAAGCUUGGUUAUAUCUACCAUUUGAAGGCAAAAAAAUCAAAGGUUAUUUAUCAUCAUUACCAAAUAUUCUAAGUAGCAAAACUGAAGACAAAAUAGAUGAUUCUAUGAAUAAAGAUAAUAAAAAAAAUGAUGUAGGAAAAAGCUUCAAAGUUCUUCUUGAGAACGAAGACAAUAAAGAUAUAAACAAACAAGAUGAAUUAACAGAUGAUGACGAUGGAAAUGAUGAUGUAUAUGAAAAUGCUUUGGAAAAUGAUUUUGGUAAACCAAAUGAAAAUCCUGGUCGUUUAGGUUUAUUUUUUGUUGGAAGAUCUGUUGAAGUUAUAACUAAAUCUAUUAUUAAUGAUGUUGAACAUUUACUUCAUCCAUCAGAUGAAAGUGGUUUUGUUGAACAACAAAUUGAAUUAUCUGAUAAUGAAAUUCAAUCACUUGCAAAAAAACUUCAUCCUGAAUCGAAUGAUCGAAAAUUUGAAUAUGAAAUUCGAAUAGAUGAAUCUACGAAAGAUUCUAUUAGAUCAGAAAAUUAUAAAACAUUUAAAUGUCCUAUAUAUGUUCUUGCAACAUAUGGUAUUAGUAUUAUAUCAGAUAUUGAUGAUACAAUAAAAAUUUCAAAAGUUCUUAGUAAACGAUCAUUAUUAAAACAUACAUUUUAUAGUGAUUUUAAACCUGUUGAAGGUAUGAAUGAACUUUAUCAAAAAUGGUAUGAACAAAAUUGUCAAUUUCAUUAUGUUAGUGGAAGUCCAUGGCAAUUAUAUCCAGCUCUGAGUUGUUUUUUGGAAAGACAUAAAUAUCCAAUGGGUACAAUGAAUUUAAGAAAAUUUGAAUGGAGUUUAAAAUUUUUAAGUCUACCUGAAUCAUAUAAAAGAGAAAUAAUUACAGGAUUAAUUCAAGCUUAUCCAUUCAGAAUAUAUAUUUGUGUUGGAGAUUCAGGCGAACUUGAUCCAGAAAUUUAUUCACAAUUAUGCAAGGAAUUUCCUGAAAAUAUUGCUCAUAUAUUUAUUCGAGAUACUUGUCGAACACCUGAAUGUUUACCAACAUGUCAAGAACGAUAUAUAAAAGCAUUUAAAGAUAUACCAAAACAUCGAUGGACUGUUUUUAAAGAUCCUAAAGAAAUCGAAACAAAUCUUGAUAAUAUAAUCAAUGCAUAA